AUGGGAUGCUCCCUGUCGACACUGCUAGCGUCAUCGACAUCGCCAUUGUCCCAUCUCAUUUCAGAGCACAUUACUGGUUUCAUCGCUAUCUGCCCUCGCGCUGAGACCCUAAUGGCAAGCCAAGUGUCGCGUCUACAGCACAUGCGUUACAUGCCCAUUCCUCUCUUUGAAAUCUUCCGCUGGUGGGACAGACGAGGAGGUGCUGAGAGCGCUAGUGUUUCUCGCUAUGCUGGCAAAGAUGCAGACUCAGAGACCAAGCGACUUCAACUACGAUUCAACGAACAGAGUAAAUCCGAAGUCUUCAUGGCCAUGGCCCUCGGAUCUAUGCCAAAGUACGAGAACGACAAGCCUGUGGGAGGAUUGCCUGGAGAAGCUAUCUGGUCUGGUCUUCGGAUUCCUACAUUCUGCAUUGGCGGAGAGCAGGAUCAUGUAACGCCGCCUGAGAAUGUUGAAUUGAUUGCCAAAUGGCUGGGACGACAGGUACCAAGAGAACAAACAAAGAUCACGGGCAACACUUUGCCUAGUUCUGCUGGUGAGAUACCUGUCAUCGACAACACUCCAAUCGAAGAGAAUGGCAANAGCUUCGUCCCCGAGUUUACUGCGACUGGUCAGGAUCUGGCGUCCGAAAGCCGACAAGACAGUGCGACACCAGACCUCCCAAAGAAACCAAAGUUCGUUCUCAAGACAACGGUAUUGCCACAGCCUGCUUCUCAUGCCUUGCUGUACGCUACCUCGACUGUGCGCAUCCUUUCAGGCUUGAUCCAGUCUUUUGCCGCUACACACAUCGAUCACCGCCUGUCUCUCGGCUGGCAAUUGCAACAUCUGAGCACAGAAGGUAAAUGGGAUGUAAAGAAUCUCCAGAAAUGGCAAGCCAUCAAACCUGUUUCAGAGCCCAUCGCUGGCAUUUUCCGAGCACAGAAGACGCUACGCGAAAUCGACGAGGAACAUACACCACGUGUGUACGUGAAGCGAUGGGGUGCCAGAAGCGGCAUUAAGCAUGGUGUUCGCAUGGUCGUUGACAUCAGUCAUGAAAGUCCUGUCUACGAUCCCAAGGGGCUUGAAGAAGGUGGAAUUGAGUAUCACAAAUUCCCUACAGUCAGCAAGCUGCCGCCGACUGUGGAAGAGGUCGCAGCAUUCAUAUCUUUGAUAGAUACCUUGCGAGAGCAGCUCAAAAGGCCAGAGGAACCGGAAGGGGCUGUGAUAGCUGUACACUGUCACUAUGGCUUCAACAGAACUGGCUUCUUCUUGGUCAGCUACAUGGUAGAGAGGUUGGGAUGGAGACUACAAGAUGCGCUGGAAGAAUUCGCAGAGAAGAGAGCACCAGGCAUUAGACACGAACAUUUCGUGAAUGAGCUCUUUGUGCGUUACAUGGUGAACCUGGAGAGAAGACCGACACUUUCAUAG